GUUGUCUCCAGAAGGGGGCAGUAAUGCGACACCAGAGAUGCUUGCUACCGUUUAUAUGUAGUAGAAGAAGAAGAAAAAGGAAAACAUCCAUUCGGGCUAUAGUUUUGUUUAAAUAUGGACCGUCUGGCAUCUUUUGGAAACGAUCCUUUUGAUAAACCACCAUGCAGAGGUUGCUCAUCAUAUCUAACUGAGCCAUACAUCAAGUGUGCAGAAUGUGGACCCUCACCUUUUUUACUCUGCCUCCAGUGUUUCACCAGAGGAUUUGAAUACAAGAAGCAUGAGAGUGAUCACAAAUAUGAAAUCAUGACAUCAGACUUCCCUGUGCUGGAGCCUGGGUGGACUGCACAGGAGGAGAUGGCUCUGUUGGAGGCGGUCAUGGACUGUGGCUUUGGAAACUGGCAGGAUGUGGCGUAUCAGAUGCGCACUAAAACCAAAGAGGAAUGCGAGAGCCACUACAUGAAGAAUUUCAUUAAUAACCCGCUCUUCUCCUCCACCUUGCUGAGCCUCCGGAAAACAAAAGACUCUCGCUUUGCAGAGGGUGCUAUUCCCUUCAAACCCACUGAUGACCCCCCUCGACCCACGUUUGACUCUGUGCUGUCUCGAGAUAUGGCUGGAUACAUGCCUGCCAGAGCAGACUUCAUGGAGGAGUUCGACAACUAUGCGGAAUGGGAUUUGAAAGACAUUGACUUUGUGGAUGAUGACUCAGACAUCCUACGUGCACUCAAGCUUUCUGUUGUGGAUAUAUAUCAUUCAAGGUUAAAGGAGCGGCAGCGAAGGAAGAAGGUUAUCCGAGACCAUGGACUGAUCAACCUGCGGAAAUUCCAGAUGCUGGAGCGAUGCUACCCGAAGGAGGUGCAGGAGCUGUAUGAUGUCAUGAGACGAUUCGCCAGAGUGGUUGGACCGAUUGAACAUGACAAAUUCAUUGAAAGUCACGCACUGGAGUUUGAGCUGAGGAGAGAGAUCCGCAGGCUGCAGGAGUACAGAAAAGCAGGGAUCAAGUCUUUCUGCAGUGCCAGGGUGUACGAGCGGGCGAAGCGAAUGCGGGAGGAUGAGCGGAGGAAGCGGACCAUGUUGUGUGACGUGCUGCAGUACAUCCAGGACGGCAGAGCCUGCCAGCAGUGGCUCAGUAAACAGGCUGCAAUCGAUGCUGGCAUCACUCCAGCUGUCACAACAAUCACAGUGUCAGCAACAGGCCGGCGGAGCGCCCCUCCUCUCAACCUGACCGGGCUGCCAGGGACAGAGAAACUCAACGAGCGAGAGAAAGAGUUGUGUCAGGUGGUGCGGUUGGUGCCGGGGGCCUACCUGGAAUAUAAGCAGGCGUUGCUGAACGAGUGCAGACGGCAGGGAGGGCUGCGGCUUGCUCAGGCCCGAGCGCUGAUCAAGAUCGACGUGAACAAGACUCGCAAGAUCUAUGAUUUCCUCAUCAAAGAGGGCUACAUCACGAAGGCUUAGCAGCAUUUGGUUGGACCGCAGAGAAGAUUAAAUCCUGCUUCUUGUUUUUUUUUCUUCUAAUCUUGUGAACAUAAGCUUUUGUUUCGUCACAAGUUCAUAUUGUUGCUGCUCGUUUGAAAGUUUGUAACAUUUGUGAGAUGUGGAUCAUGUUUUUGAGUUGAGGAUGUGUCAAAAUGACAAAUGUCUUUGUAUAGUUCUCUGUCAGACGAUCAGGAGCUCAUAUUAACAUGAGAUGUAUUUAUUUCUCCUGUCAUAAAAUGUUUAUCAAAAAAUA